AAACACGAUUCAGUUCAUCACAAUUGUUCAUUCUCGUAAUUUCUACUAGAUUGAUAUUUUUUGUCGGCAGUACUCUUAAAAUUUAGUCCAAAAUGAAGGGUUAUUUAAUUUUCGCCGUUUUACUCAUCCUUGCCAUCGGCACCGAAAUUGCGUUUGGAGAUUGCCUUUCUGGAAGGUAUGGGGGUCCAUGUGCCGUAUGGGACAACGAUGCUUGUCGCAGAGUCUGCAAAGAAGAGGGACGUAGUAGCGGUCACUGCAGUGCAAGUCUUAAAUGUUGGUGUGAGGGCUGCUAGAAUUUCUAAGGCGUUAAGAAGAAAAUGGACUUGGAAUUCAACCGGCUAAGUCAGUUAAAAUGGGAAUUUUUUCUAUUUUUUAUUC